CACACGAAGCUCGCACGCGUGCAGCGACCAAAACAGGGGCUUCGGGCUGCCUAUUUACGCCCACCGGCUGCUUGCCGCACCGGCGGUCAAAAAUGGCUGCCCACCUCAACGCCCACAAGCCGGCAACAGCGUCGCGCUGGGUCGUCGCGCCGACGCGCCUCGCGAACGAGACGGCGAUCCACUUCCACGCCCACGCGGCCGACGCGCACCACCUGAAGCGCGCCCUGGACGCCGGCGGCGACCCGGACGGGGCCGCGCUGCUGGCGCACUUCAGCCCGCCGCUCCAUCUGGCCGCGGCGGCGGGCUGCGAGGCCUGCGUGGAGCUUUUGUUAAAGCGCGGCGCGGCCCUCGUCCAGGACUCGAAGAGGAGAGGAGGGCGGACGGCGCUGCACCAGGCGGCCAUCGCCGGCGCGCCGAAGUGCGCGGAACUAUUACUGGAGGCGGGCGAGGACGCGAAUGUGUGUGAUACCGCCGGCGAUACCACUCCUCUGCACGCCGCGGCCUUUGCUGGACACGCGGCCGUCGUCGAGGUGCUCUUGGAGCGCGGCGCCGACGCUUUGCUGCGGUCGAAGUCCGGCGAGACGCCUCUCCAUGCCGCCUGCCGAGGACGGAGAGACGCGUGCGUCGCGCUGCUCGCGAAGCACGUCGCCCACGACAAGGCCCUGUCGCAGCUGCCGGGUGUGGUGGAUCACCUCACGGCGCCGAUCCAGACCGGCGACUUGUAUUCAAGACCGUCGCAGCAGGCGCGCGCCGCGGGCAGCGAGGCCUGCGCCGCGCCCAUCGACGCCGUCGUGCGCGACUGCCAAGCUAGGUUGUACCCCAAGGACCCGCGCGCCUCGGCGAAGCCCUGGGCCACCGCCAUCGCCUCGCGGCACCACGGGACGCCUCGACGACCGCCGCCCGAGCGCAUGAAAAAGCCGGUCAACGACCAGACGGCGCGCGCGAAGCCCCUCGAGGACAAGCCGACGAUUAAUACAAGGAACUGGACGUCGUCGAACCACGGCCACGCCUUCGGCCAGACGCGGUGCGCGCUCUGCGACCCCAUCGCGAAGGACGAGCGGGGCCGGCGAUGCAACGCAACCCAUGGAACGGCGCAGCACGCGGCCUGGACGGAUAUGCGGCGGGCGCACCUGUCCGCGGGCGGCGUCGUUAUUCCUUGAACUUGUCGUGGCGAUGGCGUGCCCCUCCGUAGAGUUGGGGACCGCUCGUACGCCAUCGACUCGACACUCCCCCGCAGGCGGCGAAAGCGCAAGGAGGACAAGCUCGCGCGGACGCGCGGGCGUUUGGCGCCCGGAGAGGUGCCGUGGAACCCGCACUAGUCCACGCCGUCGACCAACCAGGGGUAAGUUCUAGUUGUUC